GGCGCGCAUGCGCGGCGCGCUGAGGGGCGGCCCCGGCAUGGCGGCGCGGCGGGCGGCGGCCGAAGGGCUGCUCCGGGAGCUGCUGCGGGAGGAGGCCCCGGGGCGCAUCGCCGCGCUCACCGAGGAGCUGUUCCGGGCGGCGGGGAGCCUCGGCGGGGAGGCGGGGGCCGGGCCGGAGGUUGAAGAAGGUGCAAUAAGCCUGUGGAACUGGGCUGUGACCAAACACAUGGGUUCUGUCAUCAAUGACGAGCAAAGAGCUAAACUGCGAUUUGUUGCUUGUAGACUGGUGUGCCUUUGUGAAGGCAGUGAUCCUCCGGAGGGGACUAUUCGAAGACAGAUUUUGAUGUCAAUGAAAACUGGUAAAGGAUGGAUAGAUAUUGGAAAAGCUGAUCUUGCUGAUGAAUUUCUAGAGAUUGCCUUGAACAGCAUAGAAAAACUGUACACAAAGUUACGUAAGGGGAGCGAUGGUGAAGCAGAUAUUCAUGUGCACAAAGCUGAUGUGGAGAAGGACCUCUUCAAAGUGCUCUCUUAUCAGGCUGAAUCAGCAGUUGCUCAAGGGGAUUUUCAGAAAGCAGUGAUGUGUGUGCAGCGCUGUAAAGAUAUGUUGAUGAAGUUGCCAAAAGAGACCUGUUACCUGGCAAUCCUCUGUUACAACUUUGGGGUGGAAACCUAUGAACGGAAGAAGUAUGAACAGAGCUCCUUUUGGCUCAGCCAGAGUUAUGAUAUUGGGAAGAUGGACAUGAAAUAUUCUGUUGGCAAAGAAAUGCGGGCUAAGGUGCUGCGAUUGUUAGCUACAGCCUAUUUUGAGUGGGAUUGUAAGCAGUAUCUUGACAAGGCAUUGAAGUCUAUAAGCUUGGCAAAUGAGGAGAAUUUGCAUCCAGCAGGGUUUUUUUUGAAAGUUAAAAUUCUUCUUAAAAGUGGAGCAUCAGAUGAAGAGAUCAACUCAGCUGUUGCAGAAUUCAUGCACCAUAAGUUGUCUUUAGACUUUUGUUUGAAUGCUGCUAAACUGCUGCUGGAGAAUGGAAGGGAAUCAGUUGGGUUUGAUUUUCUGAACUCUGUUGCUGAACGAUUUGAAUCUUCACCUGACCUUGGAAAAAUAACCCUGCUCUACAUUGAGUUCCUGUUGCAGAAUAAGAGGGAGCUGCUUGCUAAGCAAAAGGUUGAAGAAAUUAUUAUAGGUCAUUAUACUGGAAAACAGCUGUUGUCUGAAACCUUGAACCGGCUGCACAUCAUCUUGUGGGACACAGCUGCCAAACAUUAUGAGGCAAAAAGCUAUUCUGAAGCUCUUCACUGGUACAACUAUUCUGUCAGCUUCUACACACCUGGGCAAAUAGAUCAGAAUUUGGCUAAGUUGCAGAGGAACAUGGCUUCUUGCUAUCUUCAUCUGAAAGAAGUUGACAAGGCUAAAGAGGCAGUUAAAGAAGCAGAGAGGUGUGAUCCAAACAGCAUCUUUACCCAAUUCAGUGUCUAUAAGAUUGCAGUGAUGGAAGAUGAUACUGAUAAAGCUGUGGAGGCAGUUAUUGAAAUGGGGAAGCUAGCAGAAAAGUCAUCUCAAUGUGAAGACAAGCCGACGGUGGAUGAAAAUACAGGCACUAACCUCCUGAGUUUAGCUGCCCAAAUUGCUUUAGAGAAUGAACAACAAGUUGUGGCUAUCAAAGCUUUGGAGUAUUUAUCUGAACAUUCACGAGAUUGCCGACAAGUAUUUGCAGCUCUAAAAUGCUUGGUUCGUCUCGUGUUGUCAAAGGUCGUAGCAGAAAAUGAAGAGAAAAGAGAUAAAGAUAUCAAGUCAAUGCUGACUUAUUUGACCUUAGCUCACAGGAAACUUGCUGAGUCUUUCACAGAAGAGAAUUUGGCAAGGGACAUAAGGACCUUUGAAGCCCACUGGUUUAGAAAAGUUGCUUGGAACUUAGCUGUACAGUUCAAGGACUGCCCUGAAAAGAUGAGGGAUUUUUUUGUACUGUCUUUCAAGUUGUCCCAGUUUUGUCCUUCUGACAAAGCUGUUCUAAUUGCUCAGAAGACAUGCCUGUUAAUGGCAGCUGCAAUUGAUCUGGAAUUGGGGAGACAACAAGUAACGUCUUUUGAACAGAUGGAGUUUUUGACUCAGGCCCUUCAACAUCUCCAGGCAUGCAAGGAGAUAUGGAAAGUUCUGAAAUUAACAGGAGAUUUUGCUAAAGAUCCCACAGAUACUUUGCUGCUGCUGUAUGAAUUUGAAGCAAAAUCCAAACUUAAUGAUCCAACACUCAAUAACCUUAUGGAGUCAGUGUGGGAGCAGCCACAAAUAGAGGUCAAGACGCUAGAGAUCAUUGCAUCAUUAGCAAUGGAACCUCCAGCUCGGUAUCCCGUACUGUGUAAGAAAGCUCUGCAGGGUGCAUUAAACCUUCACAGAAAGCAGACUGCCAUUGAUGCUGUGAAAUUUAGCAAAUGCUUACAUAGUUUGAUUAAUCUUUCUUUGCCAACUGGAGUAACAGACUUGGAUGCUUAUGUGCUGCAAGAGGUAUGGGGCUACUUUGAAGAUGCUCUGAGUGUAAUCAGCAGCACAGAUGGUUACCCAGAGGUGGAGACCCUUUGGUUGAUGACAAGAGCCUGGAACACGGGAAUAUUUCAGUAUACCAUUGGUAAAUAUAAGGAAGCAGAGCAAUGGUGUGGAUUAGGAAUGCGUUUCCUCAAUCAUCUAGGAUCUCUGAAGAAAACCUAUGAAGGCCAUAUGGUUGGUCUUUAUAGUGAGGUUCUGGACAAAUUGGACAGAGCAAAAGGGUUUAUUCCAAAUGAAGAAUAAUGAUAGCCACAACUGGAAGAAGGAGGACAGCAGUCUCUCGGAAACAUCCUGCUGACUGAAGGAGGCUGUUAGCUCUGCAAAAAGGCAUGAGGUCACGGGAGCAGUGGAAAAGAAACCAGGAUCUCCCUCUUGUUGGUGUUUAAGUUACGUACUUUUUAGGAAGCAUUUAUUUGAAGAAAUGUAAUUGUUUUCAUCUAGGGAAAAAUUUUCGUUCUGUGGAUCUAUAUAACAGAAAUAA